GGGUAGUGCCGGAAGCUGCCGCGGGCGCCGGAAGCGGAGUGUGGCGACUGCGGGGCCCUGGUAGGUGGAGCGGGCGGUGGCCGCGUGGUGUGCGCUAGGCCCGGAGAGCGUUGGCGUUGUGUGGGCCUCGGCAUGGGCCUCUUGAGUGGGGCGGCUCGCGCUCUGGUGCGGGGCGCCGACCGGAUGAGCAAGUGGACCAGCAAGCGGGGCCCGCGCACCUUCUGCAAGGGCCGUGGCGCCAAGGGCACCGGCUUCCACGGCCGCGACGGGAAGUUCGUGCAGAUCAAGGAAAUGAUCCCAGAGCUGGUGGUUCCCGAGCUGGCCGGCUUCAAGCUCAAGCCCUACGUAAACUACCGCGCCCCAGAAGGCACAGACACUCCCCUGACGGCCAAGCAGCUCUUUCUAGAAACGGCGGCGCCGGCCAUCGAGAAGGACUUUAAGGCCGGGACUUUCGACCCUGAGCACCUGGAAAAGUAUGGCUUUGAGCCCACGCAGGAAGGCAAGCUCUUCCAACUUUACCCCAAGAACUUCCCGCGCUAGGAGCGGACGAACAGCGGAGGCAGGGUGUGCCUGGGACUGAGCACUUGGACCGGACCGACCCUCUUUGUUGACCCUAGCCUCGGGGUGGCGGGUCGGGAGGCCUGUCCCUCUAUUAAAGACUUUAGCUGUUCUGAA